AAAACAAAUAGAAAAUCAUUCAUAAAUAUUCACGAUAUGUUUCCCAUGGUAACUGGGUUCAUGAAUUAUGGGCAACAAACCAUACGAGUUGCACGGUAUAUUGGUCAAAGUUUCAUGAUUACCUUAUCCCAUGCAAAUCGUUUACCUGUAACUAUUCAAUAUCCUUAUGAAAAAUUAAUCACAUCGGAGCGUUUCCAUGGUCGAAUCCAUUUUGAAUUUGAUAAAUGCAUUGCUUGUGAAGUAUGUGUUCGGGUAUGUCCUAUAGAUCUACCUGUUGCUGAUUGGAAAUUGGAAACUGACAUUCGAAAGAAACGGUUGCUUAAUUACAGUAUUGAUUUCGGAAUCUGUAUAUUUUGUGGCAACUGUGUUGAGUAUUGUCCAACAAAUUGUUUAUCAAUGACUGAAGAAUAUGAACUUUCCACUUAUGAUCGUCACGAAUUGAAUUAUAAUCAAAUUGCUUUAGGUCGUUUACCAACGUCAGUAGUCGACGAUUAUACAAUUCGAACAAUUUUGAAUUCAACUAGAAACAAAAAGAUAACCCGCUUUGAUUGAUUAAAAAGUACAAUUAUUAAACUAAAAUUCUGUUUUGAUCUAAAGGGCUGCAAUAGGUUUUUUUUUUAUUUUUCUUGGUCAAUAAAUACAAAAAUUACAAAUUCCAACUAUUGACUUGAUUGGUCAGAAUUGCAUCGCGGCUUUAUUUUUUUGUGAAAAUCUAUUAAUAUAUGCGUAAUUCUAGCCAUAAUUAUUUCUAAAAUUUAAUUUAGAAUGCCUUUUCGAGAAAGAAUGAGAUUCAUACAAUAGCUGUACCUAUAGUAAUUUUCACCCCUUAGGGUUUAGAACCUAUUAUAAAUAAGUUUUUCCUGGUCAGGUCAAUAAGGUCAUGAAAAAACAAUUCAAUUUUUUUAUCUCUUAUUUUACGUGCAAUGGAUUUGCCUGGACUAAUACAUGAUUUUCUUUUAUUUUUUAUGGGAUUAGGUCUUAUAUUAGGA